AAGAACGCGAGAGGCGCGUUUCAGCACUCCGGACAGCGCCUGGCGCCAGGGUCCCGCGGCCGAGGCCAUGGCCAGCGUGCAGCAGGGCGAGAAGCAGCUCUUUGAGAAGUUCUGGCGAGGCACCUUUAAAGCCGUGGCCACGCCGCGUCCCGAGAGCAUCAUUGUCGCCAGCAUCACGGCCCGCAAGCCGCUGCCGAGGACAGAAGCCCAGAGCAGCCCCUCGGUCCCAGCCCAGGAUGAACCCUCAGAGAAGCUGAGUCAGCGCCUGGCCACCAAGGCCUUGGGUACCACCUGCCUGGAGCGAGGCAAAGCCUGCCUAGAGCUCAGCCCCGCCAGAGCUUACAGUGCCUCCCAGGACAAUGACAAGACACCGCCACCUGCCUCCAGGGGAAAGAAGAAAAAGAAGAAAUCCGCCCGGAAGAAGAGAAGGAGGUCCUCAUCUGACAGCCUGUCACCUGUCAAGAAGAAGAAGAAGAAAAGUUCCAAAAAACACAAACGACACAGGUCAUUCUCCAAGAAAAGAAGGCACAGCUCCUCUAGCCCAAAAAGCAAAAGAAAGGAAGAGAAGAGGCACAAAAAACAAUCACGCAGCCGGGCUCGAAAGUCUCACCGCCAUGGCCACCGCCGCUGUUCCUCGCGGUCCCAGAGCUUGGAGUGUCGCUCCUCCAGCUGUGAGAGCAGGCACCGCGGCCGGUCUCCUGAGGGAAGGCGGAAGUCCCGCCGAAGGCGCUCUGGCCACUGUUCCAAGAGCCUUGCCAAGGCCAUCCCUGAGGCCCGGUUCAGCCGCCCACCCAGUCAGCCCCUCCAGCUCAGCUGCCUGUCGGCCAGGAGUGUAAUCACUGGGUCGGGGUCUGCUGCUGACUUCUUUACCAAAACAGCCAGCCCACUUGCCACGUCUCGAGGACGCUCCCAGGAGUAUGAUUCUGGCAAUGACACCUCCUCGCCGCCCUCCACGCAGACCAGCUCUGCCAGAUCCCUGGGACAGGACAAGGGGAGCCCCGCUGAGGGCCUGAGCAAGAGCCGGGAGCUUCACAGUGGCAACACCUCGGAUUCGGGGAACUCCUUCACCACCUCCUCACCCCAGAACAAGGGGGCCACUUUGGAGAAUCUCUCCCCCACCAGCAAGGGCAGAGAGUCAAGAGGGUUGCAGUCACCCUGUCUGGAAUGCACAGAGGUGAAGAAGUGCACCGUGGUCCAGGCCACAGCUCCGAGCACGCCCCUUCGAGGCUGCUCCCGAAGCUCGUCCUAUGCCAGCACUCGCUCCUCCAGCCACUCCUCUGGACCACCCAAGCCCAGGGCUUCCCCCAGGUACACCCGGAGCAGAUCCACCUCCUCUGGAAAAAGGUCCUACUCGCGUUCUCCCAGCUAUUCCUCCAAGUCUGGCAAGAGGAGCCCACCUAGCAGAAGCUCUAGGUCCCGCCGCAGCCCCAGCUACUCGCGGUACAGCCCCAGCAGGGAGCGGGACCCCAAGUACAGUGACAAGGACUCGCAACUGCGGGAACGAGAGCGCGUGCGAAGGAGACGACGGUCCUACUCGCCCAUGAGGAAGCGUCGGAGAGAUUCCCCAAGCCACCUGGAGGCACGGAGGAUCACCAGCGCCCGGAAACGCCCCAUCCCCUAUUACCGGCCCAGCCCGUCCUCCUCCAGCGGGCUCAGCAGCGCCUCCUCCUGGUACAGCGACAGCAGCAGCCGCUCCGCCAGCCACAGCUACUCCCGCAGCCGCAGCCACAGCCGCAGCCGCAGCCGCAGCCGCAGCCGCAGCCGCAGCCAGAGCUGGAGCCGCAGCCCCAGCCCAGCCUCGCGGAGCCAGAGCCGGAGCCGGAGCCGGAGCCGGAGCCGGAGCCGAAGCCGAAGCCCGAGCCGGAGCCCCAGCCGGAGCCGGAGCUAUAGCUCAGCAGACAGUUACUCGAGCAUGAGGCGCUAA